AAACACCAUACCACAACCACAGCAGCCGCUGCUAUUACUCGAGUACUCGUACACUGUAUCUAUUGCUAUCUGCACCAUGCCGAGACGGGGGCAUGCCAAUACCGGUACCGGUAGCAAUGCUAGCAACAAAAACAACAAGAAGAAAAAGAACAAGAGAAGGAUGUUUGCCAAUGAUGAUGUUUGGAUCCAAGGCAUUCUAUCUUUUGUUGGCUUUGGACAGUACGCCUUUGUAGGAGCAGUCAACAAAAGGAUGAACCGAUUCUACAAAGCCUACUGUGAAAUUGAACUCAAGAAAAACCCGAGGAAGGUAAAAGAUAACCUUGGAGAUUAUUUUAUUUCUCUCACGCGCUCUGCAGAAAUCACCGAUACUCUUUGCAGCGAAACAUUCUGUAACAAGCCACGUGCAGAAUACUGGCUCAGGGACAAUUCCGACCAUAAGAAACCUGACGAUCGUCGUGUUUGCAAUGCCAUUGCCAAAAUUGGAAGUCAUACUGUCAUGCACUGGGCACGAAAACAGGGAUUCCCAUGGAAUGAAGGCACAUGCUUUUUUGCUGCUAAAAAUGGACAUUUGGAAUUGCUCCAAUGGUUAAGAGAGAAUGGUUGUCCAUGGGAUCAUUCGACGUGCUCAGGUGCGGCUAAAGGUGGACAAUUGGAAGUUCUAAAGUGGGCUCGUGCAAACGGUUGUCGAUGGAAUUGGAAGACAUGUGAGUACGCUGCUGAAGGUGGGCAUUUGGAAAUUCUCAAGUGGGCUCGUGAAAAUGGUUGUCCAUGGACAUCAGAUACAUGUGCCUAUGCUGCUGAGAAUGGGCAUUUGGAAAUUCUCAAGUGGGCUCGUGAAAAUGGUUGUCCAUGGAACAUAUUCACGUGUUCCGGUGCUGCUCAAGGUGGACAUUUGGAAAUUUUGAUGUGGGCUCGUGCAAACGGUUGUCGAUGGAAUGCAUGGACAUGCUCAAGUGCUGCUAGCAAUGGACAUUUGGAAAUUCUAAAGUGGGCUCGUGCAAACGGUUGUCGAUGGAAUGAAAGGACAUGUGCUGAAGCUGCUUCCAAAGGACAUUUGGAAAUUUUGAAGUGGGCUCGUGCAAAUGGUUGUCCAUGGAAUGAAGAGACAUUUGAAGCUGCCGGGCUAAGCUAUAGCGGCAACAACAGUGCAGUGAUCCAGUGGCUACGCGACAAUGGCUGCCCUGGGUCUCAUGAAGAUGAUGAAGGACACUAA